AGGAAGGGAGGAGAGAGAGGCGGCUCAAGAUGGCGGCUCCCAGGGCCUCCCGCCCGAGCUUGUAAGCGGGAGCGUCCGAGCGAGUAGUCAGGGCGGCGGGACUUGGCGGCCUCCAGCUUCUCGGGGCUAGGCGCUCGAAAGUUUCGGGAGGCUCUUGAAGAGACGGGGUGAGCUAGAAGAAGGGGAAGAGUCGAAGGGAAGGAGGGUAGUUAAGAUGGCGGCCUCCAUGGAGCCGUCCACCGCUGUGUGAGGAACCGCUUCUCCGUGAGAGCUACCUUAGACGAAAGGGGGUGUGUGUGAGAGGAAUUGGGGGGCUCCCUUCCCGCUGGGUGACUUUUUCCCACUACGGCCUUUCCCGGAACUAUGGCUUCGGCCGUGUCGCCCGCCAACUCGCCAGCGGUUCUCCUGCAGCCCCGCUGGAAGCGAGUGGUGGGCUGGUCGGGUCCAGUGCCCCGGCCCCGCCACGGCCACCGAGCCGUGGCCAUCAAGGAACUCAUCGUGGUGUUUGGCGGCGGGAACGAGGGGAUAGUGGACGAACUGCACGUGUACAACACGGCGACUAACCAGUGGUUCAUCCCAGCCGUGAGAGGGGACAUUCCCCCCGGGUGUGCAGCCUAUGGCUUCGUGUGUGAUGGGACUCGCCUGCUGGUGUUUGGUGGGAUGGUGGAGUAUGGGAAAUAUAGCAAUGACCUCUAUGAGCUUCAGGCAAGCCGGUGGGAAUGGAAGAGACUCAAAGCAAAGACGCCCAAAAACGGACCCCCUCCGUGCCCUCGGCUUGGGCACAGCUUCUCCCUUGUGGGCAACAAGUGCUACCUGUUUGGGGGUCUGGCCAACGAUAGUGAGGACCCCAAGAACAACAUUCCGAGGUACCUGAAUGACUUAUACAUCCUGGAAUUGCGGCCAGGCUCCGGAGUGGUAGCCUGGGACAUCCCCAUCACUUACGGCGUCCUGCCUCCACCCCGGGAGUCACAUACUGCUGUGGUCUACACUGAGAAAGACAAUAAGAAGUCCAAGCUGGUGAUCUAUGGAGGGAUGAGUGGCUGCAGACUGGGGGACCUCUGGACCCUGGACAUUGAGACUCUGACGUGGAAUAAGCCCAGUCUCAGCGGGGUGGCACCUCUUCCUCGAAGCCUUCACUCAGCCACAACCAUAGGAAACAAAAUGUACGUGUUUGGUGGCUGGGUGCCUCUCGUCAUGGAUGACGUCAAAGUGGCCACACACGAGAAGGAGUGGAAGUGUACCAACACACUGGCUUGUCUCAACCUGGAUACCAUGGCCUGGGAGACCAUCCUGAUGGACACGCUGGAGGACAAUAUUCCUCGGGCCCGAGCUGGCCACUGUGCUGUAGCCAUCAAUACCCGCCUGUACAUAUGGAGUGGGCGCGACGGCUACCGAAAGGCCUGGAACAACCAGGUCUGCUGCAAGGACCUCUGGUACCUGGAGACAGAAAAGCCACCGCCCCCGGCGCGGGUACAGCUGGUACGAGCCAACACCAACUCCCUGGAGGUGAGCUGGGGGGCAGUGGCGACAGCCGACAGUUACCUUCUGCAGCUCCAGAAAUAUGACAUUCCUGCCACGGCUGCUACUGCCACCUCCCCCACACCCAAUCCAGUCCCGUCUGUGCCUGCCAACCCUCCCAAGAGCCCUGCCCCAGCAGCAGCCGCACCUGCCGUGCAGCCGCUGACCCAAGUAGGCAUCACGCUCCUGCCCCAGGCUGCCGCCGCGCCCCCGACCACCACCACCAUCCAGGUCUUGCCGACAGUGCCUGGCAGCUCGAUUUCCGUGCCCACUGCAGCCAGGACUCAAGGUGUUCCCGCUGUUCUGAAAGUCACCGGUCCUCAGGCAACAACAGGAACCCCAUUGGUCACCAUGCGACCUGCCAGCCAGGCUGGGAAAGCCCCCGUCACCGUGACCUCCCUUCCUGCAGGCGUGCGAAUGGUUGUGCCAACGCAGAGUGCCCAGGGGACGGUGAUCGGCAGCAGCCCACAGAUGAGUGGUAUGGCUGCGCUGGCAGCCGCGGCCGCCGCCACACAGAAGAUCCCUCCUUCCUCGGCGCCCACGGUGCUGAGUGUCCCGGCGGGCACCACCAUCGUCAAAACCGUGGCUGUGACGCCUGGCACCACCACCCUCCCGGCUACCGUAAAGGUGGCCUCCUCGCCAGUCAUGGUGAGCAACCCAGCCACUCGAAUGCUGAAGACUGCAGCUGCCCAGGUGGGGACGUCAGUCUCCUCUGCUGCCAACACAUCCACCCGCCCCAUCAUCACAGUGCACAAGUCAGGGACUGUGACAGUGGCCCAGCAAGCCCAGGUGGUGACCACAGUGGUGGGUGGAGUCACCAAGACCAUCACCCUGGUGAAGAGCCCCAUCUCUGUCCCAGGAGGCAGUGCUCUGAUUUCCAACCUGGGCAAAGUGAUGUCAGUGGUUCAGACCAAACCGGUUCAGACUUCGGCAGUCACGGGCCAGGCGUCUACGGGCCCAGUGACUCAGAUCAUCCAGACCAAAGGGCCCCUGCCGGCCGGGACCAUCCUGAAGCUAGUGACCUCCGCAGAUGGCAAGCCCACUACCAUCAUCACUACCACGCAGGCCAGCGGGGCUGGGACUAAGCCCACCAUCCUGGGCAUCAGCAGCGUGUCCCCGAGCACCACCAAGCCUGGCACGACCACCAUCAUCAAGACCAUCCCCAUGUCGGCCAUCAUCACGCAGGCUGGUGCCACAGGCGUGACCAGCAGUCCUGGCAUCAAGUCCCCCAUCACCAUCAUCACCACCAAAGUGAUGACUUCGGGAACAGGAGCACCUGCCAAAAUCAUCACAGCUGUCCCUAAAAUCGCCACUGGCCACGGGCAGCAAGGAGUGACUCAGGUGGUGCUAAAGGGGGCCCCUGGACAGCCGGGCACCAUCCUCCGUACCGUGCCCAUGGGGGGUGUCCGCCUGGUCACUCCUGUCACUGUCUCUGCCGUCAAGCCAGCUGUCACCACGUUGGUUGUGAAGGGCACCACAGGCGUCACAACCCUCGGCACAGUGACAGGCACCGUUUCCACCAGCCUUGCCGGAGCUGGGGGCCACAGUACCAGCGCCUCCCUGGCCACACCCAUCACCACCUUGGGCACCAUCGCCACCCUCUCUAGCCAGGUGAUCAACCCCACUGCCAUCACCGUGUCAGCUGCACAGACCACGCUGACAGCGGCUGGCGGGCUCACCACCCCCACCAUUACCAUGCAGCCUGUCUCCCAGCCUACCCAGGUGACUCUCAUCACGGCACCCAGUGGCGUUGAGGCCCAGCCUGUGCAUGACCUCCCCGUGUCCAUUCUGGCCUCGCCUACUACAGAGCAGCCCACGGCCACGGUCACCAUUGCUGACUCGGGCCAGGGGGAGGUGCAGCCAGGCACCGUGACACUGGUCUGCUCCAACCCGCCCUGCGAGACGCACGAGACGGGCACCACCAACACGGCCACCACCACCGUCGUGGCUAACCUCGGGGGGCAGCCCCAGCCCGCGCAAGUGCAGUUCGUCUGUGACAAGCAGGAGGCCGCUGCUUCUCUCGUGACCCCAGCCGUAGGGCAGCAGAACGGCGGCGUGGUGCGCGUCUGCUCCAACCCGCCCUGCGAGACCCACGAGACGGGCACCACGCACACGGCCACCACUGCCACGGCCAACAUGGCCGGGCAGCACGCGUGCUCCAACCCGCCCUGCGAGACGCACGAGACGGGCACCACCAGCACUGCCACCACGGCCGUGGCCGGCAUCGGCGCCGGCCAGCAGCGGGAUGCCCGGCGUGCCUGUGUGGCCGGCCCCGCGGCUGCCGUGCUGCGCGUGAGCGCGGCUGCCGGGCCGUCGGAGGGAGCCCAGGGCUCCGUGAAGCCCUCGUGCCAAACGCGCCAGACCAGCGUGACGAGCAGCACCAUGACUGUGAUGGCCACCGGAGCGGCCCCGUGCGCGGCUGGCCCGCUCCUCGGGCCGGGCCUGGCGGUGGGGGCCGGCGGCCACGGCCCUGCUUUCGUGCAGCUAGCUCCUGUGAGCGGCCAGGUCAGAGCCGGCGUCCUUGGAGGCAAGGAUGGCCCCGUGGCCGGCCUGAGCCCGCUGUUGGCUGCGGGGCGCCAGCUGGAGGCCCACCACACGCACACAACCAACACCCCCACCAUGGUCCGCUCCGCCAUGGGCGCCGGGGCGCCCGGCGAGGCACGGGGCACCGCCACGCCCGCGUACGAGAGCUCGCCGGGCGCCACCGUGACUGUGACGGCCCUGGAAGCGCUGCUGUGCCCCUCGGCCCCCGUGAGCCAAGUGUGCUCCAACCCGCCCUGCGAGACCCACGAGACGGGCACCACCAGCACUGCCACUACCUCGAACGCGGGCAGCGCCCAGCGGGUCUGCUCCAACCCGCCCUGCGAGACCCACGAGACAGGCACCACGCACACGCCCACCACGGCCACCUCCAGUGGGGGUGCGGGCCAGCCCGAGGCGGGGCAGCAGCCCCCUGCCGGCCGUCCCUGUGAGACCCACCAGACCACUUCUACUGGUACCACCAUGUCCGUCAGUGUGGGUGCCCUGCUCCCCGAUACCGUUCCCUCCCACAGGACCCUAGAGUCCGGCCUGGAGGUGGCAGCAGCGGCCACCGUCGCCCCCCAGGCCGCUGCUUCGUUGCUGGCUCCUUUCCCGACACAGAGGGUCUGCUCCAACCCCCCCUGUGAGACGCACGAGACCGGGACCACGCACACGGCCACCACGGUCACCUCCAACAUGAGCUCGAACCAAGAUCCCCCACCAGCCGCCAGUGACCAGGGAGAGGUGGAGAGCACCCAGGGUGACAGCGUGAACAUCACCGGCUCCAGUGCCGUUACAACGACUGUGUCCUCUACACUGACGCGGGCUGUGACCACUGUGACACAGUCCACGCCGGUCCCGGGCCCCUCGGUGCCGAAGAUCUCAUCAAUGACUGAGGCUACCCCAGGGGCUCUGACCACCGAAGUCCCCAUCCCGGCCACGAUAACAGUGACCAUAGCCAACACAGAAACUUCUGACAUGCCCUUCUCUGCUGUUGACAUCCUGCAGCCCCCAGAGGAACUCCAGGCCUCGCCAGGGCCUCGCCAGCAGCUGCCGCCACGGCAACUCCUGCAGCCCGCCUCCACACCCCUGAUGGGGGAGUCCGCCGAGGUCCUGUCAGCCUCCCAGACCCCUGAGCUCCAAGCCGCCGUGGAUCUGAGCAGUACAGGGGACCCGUCUUCGGGCCAGGAGCCUGCCAGCUCAGCCGUGGUGGCCACUGUGGUGGUCCAGCCGCCCCCGCCCACACAGUCUGAAGUAGACCAGUUGUCCCUUCCCCAGGAGCUGAUGGCUGAGGCCCAGGCGGGCACCACCACCCUCAUGGUGACGGGGCUCACCCCUGAGGAGCUGGCGGUGACUGCUGCUGCCGAAGCGGCCGCUCAGGCCGCAGCCACGGAGGAGGCCCAAGCCCUGGCCAUCCAGGCGGUGCUCCAGGCCGCACAGCAGGCCGUCAUGGCAGGCACCGGGGAGCCCAUGGACACGGCCGAGGCAGCGGCGGCUGUGACGCAGGCGGAGCUGGGCCACCUGUCGGCUGAAGGCCAGGAGGGCCAGGCUACCACCAUCCCCAUCGUGCUGACGCAGCAGGAGCUAGCGGCCCUGGUCCAGCAGCAGCAGCAGCUGCAGGAGGCGCAGGCCCAGCAGCAGCACCACCACCUCCCCACCGAGGCCUUGGCCCCUGCCGACAGCCUCAACGACCCGACCAUCGAGAGUAAUUGCCUCAGUGAGCUGGCUGCGGCCGUCCCCAGUACCGUGGCCCUGCUGCCCUCCACGGCCACCGAGAGCCUGGCUCCAUCCAACACAUUUGUGGCCCCCCAGCCGGUGGUGGUAGCCAGCCCCGCAAAGCUGCAGGCUGCGGCUACCCUGACUGAAGUGGCCAAUGGCAUCGAGUCCCUGGGUGUGAAGCCAGACCUACCGCCCCCGCCCAGCAAAGCGCCUGUGAAGAAGGAGAACCAGUGGUUUGAUGUGGGGGUCAUUAAGGGUACCAAUGUAAUGGUGACACACUAUUUCCUGCCACCAGAUGAUGCUGUCCCUUCUGAUGAUGACUCGGGUACCGUCCCCGACUACAACCAGCUGAAGAAGCAGGAGCUGCAGCCGGGCACAGCCUAUAAGUUCCGAGUUGCUGGGAUCAACGCCUGCGGCCGGGGGCCCUUCAGCGAGAUCUCAGCCUUUAAGACCUGUCUGCCUGGUUUCCCAGGGGCCCCCUGUGCCAUUAAGAUCAGCAAAAGUCCAGAUGGUGCUCACCUCACCUGGGAGCCGCCGUCUGUGACCUCUGGCAAGAUCAUCGAGUACUCGGUGUACCUGGCCAUCCAGAGCUCGCAGGCCGGUGGUGAGCCCAAGAGUUCCACCCCGGCCCAGCUGGCCUUCAUGCGGGUGUACUGCGGGCCCAGCCCCUCCUGCCUGGUGCAAUCCUCCAGCCUCUCCAACGCCCACAUUGACUACACCACCAAGCCCGCCAUCAUCUUCCGCAUUGCCGCCCGCAAUGAGAAGGGCUAUGGCCCGGCCACCCAAGUGAGGUGGUUGCAAGAAACCAGUAAAGACAGCUCUGGCGCCAAGCCAGCCAGCAAGCGGCCCAUGUCCUCUCCGGAAAUGAAAUCCGCUCCAAAGAAAUCUAAGGCAGAUGGUCAGUGAGAGGCAGCUCCCCUGCACCUGGAUUGUUCGCCAGACCCCCCCCCCUUCUGCUUCAGGAACGCCACCUGCCAGGGCCCACCCAUCCUACCCACCCGGCGCUCACACUUCACCCUCAGGAGCCACUGGCCGCCGCCACUCAUUCUCUCUCUCUCUCUCUGUUUUUGAAAUAAUCUCAAGAAAGCACAUUUUACCAUUGCUGUGGGAGGAAGCAGAAGGCAGAUCUGGAAGAGCAGUGAGCAAGUGAGACAAGUGUGCCCUCCUCCCCUCUUCUCAUUACCAGUGCCCUCCUCUGGGAGCUGAGCAAGCCUGGAAUUCCGAGGCCCUCGAGGGAGCUCGACAGACGCUUCGGAUGAAGCGGCCGAGACGCAGAGAACAGAAUGCACGCGCCUUCCAGCACCCACACGCCUCUUGCAGUUUGUCACCUUGGUCCUGAGGGGGGCAGCCAAGGGCGGGAGGGGCUGCAGCAUGGAAGCAGAAGAAAGGCACGCCCCCCCGCCCCCAGCUCCCCUCCCCUGCCUCUGCUCCGAGAAGAUUGGCGGGGCACCCGUGCACUCGAUGUCCAUCUGGUUCCAUUUUCCUUUGUUACUUUUGGAUAUCCUGCCACCUCCCGACCCUGGGCUUCAGCUUUGUCCAAUCCCGUCUCAGCGGCCUUCGUACUCCCCCCCCCCCCUUGCCCCUUCCUUCUUCUUUCCCAGUUAGAGAGCUAGAAAGGAAGAAGAAAGAAAGAAAGGGGGAAGAAUGAGCCCGUGGUGGCCUGAGCAGUGUUCUGUGCAAAUCUCCUGACUCCCAGCGGGGCAUAGAGUAGCCCCCACCGAGCCUGGCUUUGGCCCCUGGGUCGGGGCUAGGGGCCACACCACCAACUGCUGCAUUUGUUGUAUUUUUUUUAAGUUGGAAUUGAUGAAGUUAACAUUUUUAUUGUAAUUUUAGCCUUAGUGUGUGGGGUUUUGUCCCUUUUUUUGUUGUUGUUGUUAGCUGUGUACAGAAUGUGUAUCUUUUUUUUUUUUUUUUUUUUAACUUUUACUUUUUUCUCCUUGGCUAAGCCUUGGCAGGGAUCUUUCUGGAAGAAAAGCUGGGGGCAGCUGGCACAGGAGAGGCGUGGAUUCUCCCCUGCGGGCCUGGUGUUGGUUGCCUGGCCCAAUUUCCUCUUGCUGGCCCCUGCCGUCUGCCCCUUUGCUUGUCCCCAGGCCUCUGGGACAAAGGAGGGGUGAGCUGUCAAACCUCACUCCCCAUGGGUGAUUGCUCUACACCUGUAGGAUUGAGCUUGAGAGUCUGCUGGAGCCUAAAGUCAGGUUUCUGAGGAGGAGCAGGUGCUGGGUUCGCAGGGCUCUCAACAUCCUCCCCACCCCCCUCCUUAUGACCCCCCCCUCCCCCCCAGCCCCUAGGCUCCCUCCUUGGCAAACUGGCUUAGAGUAUCUGCCACCCUCAACUGCUGCUUCCUGCAGCCACGCCCUCCAGGCGAAAGUGUCAAAGGGGUGGGGUGAGGGGUUGGGGGGCAACUCCCAUCUCAGAGAGCAGCCUGGGAGAGCAGAUGUGUGGUGUCACCCAGGAGAGACCGUGGGGAAGCAGCAGACUACCAGCACCAGUUCUAUGAAUUUACAGGGCCACGGCCAUCCUCCCAGGGCCGAACUUGGGAGGCUUGGGGCACUUCUUAGUGUGGUUCAUGAGACAGCUUUCUGCCCCACACCCAAGCUUUAGGCACUGAGCAAGGCUUGCCAGCGGGUUGUGCAGAAGGAUUUAAAGCGAGCAGUCAAAUCUUUUCAGACCCCCCCCAUCUCUGCCCUGGAGAUGAGCUGCAGUGAGGGGCCCGGCCUCUGCAGACCCCUGCCACUGGCCCGCACCUUCUGGGGCCUCUGGUUUGUUGUAUUAUAGUAUAUUUCGCUGUGGAAAAUGUCACGUUUAGUCAGUCACCUUGGAGCCCACUCGCCUGGUCCUGUUGUUUUCCCUGUCCCUUCUCCUGAGCGCCCUUUGAUUUCUCUCAUUUCUGAGAACAGUACGCCCCGUUCAUCUAUUGUAGAGUAACCCCCGUGACUCAAUAUUACCAUAGUGCGAUGUCGUUUUGUGCUAUUUUGAACAAUUAAAAGACUUUUUUUGAAAUAACCACCUGCUCUUUUACUGUGUCCAGGACUCCCA